AGGUCAUCGAGCUAUCAGGUGCGGAGGUCAGUGUGGCCAAGGAGAGUAUCAUUGGCAUGAACGAUCAGCCCAUCGGUGUCACAGGAACUGGUGGUCAGGUGGUGUCAGCCGUGAGCAAAAUCAAUGCGAUUCUUCAAGAUCUCGCAGAUCGCGGCCGCCUGCAACCCACAGACUUCCGGUAUCGUCCUGGAAGUGUGAGAGAAGAGCCAAGUUCCACCUUCGGAGCCUCCGCACGAGCAGCACCACCCACGGGAGGAAAUCCCAGAACCAACGCCAAGUUUGUAGUUGCGACGCAGGUGGCGGGAUGGAUCAUCGGCAAGCAAGGUCGACAUAUCCGUGAACUCCAGGACAACAGCGGAGCUCAUAUCCAGGUCAUGAAGGAGGGCGAGGUGCCUCCAGGCGUUCCGGCCACGGACCGCAUCGUUGAGAUCGGUGGACGUCCGGAUGCGAAGGCUGAAGGCAUCCAAAUCAUCCUCAUCGCUGUGGAUAGCAUGCCAGCAAUGUCAGCGCCACGCGAAACCUUGAUGCUGAUUCCAAGGCAACUGACUUCGGAUUCCGAAAUCAAGGACGUUCGCCAAAUGUCUGGUUGUGAGAUUGAGGUUCGGGAUCUGCCAGCACACGACGAGGGGUUGUGCACCUUGAUCGGUACUCUGGAAGCUCGUGUGAAGGCGGCACAACAAUUCCUGAAGAGAUUGGAGGAGGUUAUGGGAGAUGGAUCAAUCCCAUCCUCCUUCCCUCCGACGACUUCGAGUCCGCCUGGAUUGAACAGGCCCAUGCACGACACUUCCAGAAAUGAGGGUGACAGAUCAUCAUCUUCGAUGUUCUGCUCCAAGUUUCACGGAAGAUCCCACAAGGACGACUGGUCCAAGGCGCCUCUGGCCAAGGAGUCGUACGAGGAUCCCUGGAGCCGUGGCACUGAUCCUUGGAGUCGAGGUUCGCCGCCCAAGGAGCCUGAGAAGCCUCGGGAGGAAACACGCGUGACCUUUGAUAAUCAUCCACAGGUGACCAACAUCCAGCCCAGCUACGCUCCACGAGAUGGACCGGGCCAUGGACCGGGCCCCAUGAGUUUCGGUCCCAAGACCGAUGGCAACUCCUUUGGUGGCACUCGGAACGGAAGUGGCACCAACGGUUCGUCGAUGAGUUUCGGACCUUCAGGUGGAGUGAGCUUUCCUGAUUCAGGCAAGAUGAGCUUUGCCCCAAAAGACCCACCAGGUCGUGGAACGACCAUGAGCUUUUCACCCAGCGAUCCACCUGGAGGGAAGAUGACCUUCGGCGAUCCACUGGGAGGAAAGAUGAGUUUCAGUCCGAACGACCCACCGCCCGCAGGCAAGAUGAGUUUCAGCCCUAGCGAUCCUCCAGCCGGAGGCAAGAUGAGUUUCAGCCCCAAUGAACCCGGAGGCAAGAUGAGCUUCGGUCCAUCGGACCCUCCAGGUAAGAUGAGUUUUGCCCCUUCGGAUCCACCAGGAAAAUCUUUGAGCUUCAGCCCCAACGAUCCCCCUGGAGGCACAGGGAAGAUGAGCUUCUCUCCUGAGCCUCCAAGUAUGGGAGGAGGGAAGAUGAGUUUCAGCCCCAAUGAUCCUCCAGGCAAGAUGAGUUUCAGCCCUGAAGCGCCAGGCAAGAUGAGUUUUGGUCCCAGCGAGCCUUCUGGAGGUAGCGGCAUGAGUUUCAAGCCUGAUGGGCCCUCCAAUUUCAACCCCCUUGGACAGACAGGUGGCGUUGGCGUGGGUAUGGACGGCUCCAGCGAAUCCAAGUUCCGUGAAGCAUUGGAGAAAGGAAUGAUAGCAGCCUCAACGAACCAGAUGCACCUCCUGCUUCCAUCGUCCCUACUGCAAGACUUACUGAUCCCUCAAGGACACUUGGCCGACGUCGCCAAGAAAUGUCAGGUGCAGAUCGAUCUGGGGCAAACCGUCGACAAGCUGAGACAGGUCACAUUGAAGGGUGGCUUGGCGGCCAAUGCAUAUGCGGCGUACCUCCUACAGGAGAAGGCGCAUCAACUCCACGCCAUGUGAGAAGAAAAAUCCGCGGCGCAG